AUGGGAACUGAUAUCCGUGGAAUUAAUACGAACUUGAAUCUCACUUACGACGACACCUCGAAGAUCAGCGGCACUGGUGCUGCCUUUCCGGGAUUUGUCAUGGUGAUUUUGGCUGUGCUUAUGGUAACUCUUGUAGUUGUAGUCGUAGUUGGGAACGCGCUGGUCAUUCUUGCUUUCAUAGUGGAUAAGAGUCUGCGAAACCAAAGCAACUAUUUCUUCUUGAACCUAGCGAUAUCAGAUUUUCUUGUCGGGGCCUUUUGCAUCCCAAUCUACAUCCCAUACAUUCUAACUGGGCGUUGGAUGCUUGGGAGAGGACUUUGCAAAUUGUGGCUGGUCGUAGAUUACCUGCUGUGUACAGCCUCGGUCUUUAACAUCGUUCUCAUAAGCUACGACCGCUUCCUCUCCGUCACCAGAGCUGUCACUUACAGGGCUCAACAGAGCAUGACCAGUCUGGCCGUGUGGAAGAUGGUCGCCGUAUGGGUACUGGCUUUCCUCUUGUAUGGCCCGGCCAUUAUCUUCUGGGAGUUUGUGGUGGGGAGGAGCAACGUGCCCAACGACGAAUGCUUCGCCGAGUUCUACUACACCUGGUACUUCCUGCUCUGUGCCUCCACCUUCGAGUUCUUCUCCCCCUUCAUUUCAGUGAGCUUCUUCAACCUCAGCAUCUACCUGAACAUCCGGCGGAGGAACAAGAACCGGGCUGUCCACAUGAAGGAGCGAGAAGACAGCCAGCCCCCACCCCAGGGCUCCUCCGUGUUCUUCGUCAAAACUCGCAAGGUGUCCUGCGGUGAAGCCAACACCGGCGCUUCCAACACAGGGGAGGCAAAAGAUCAGUUCCCCUCUGCCACCUACCCCAGCCACAACCUCCGCGUGCCGAAGAAGAAGGGGGUGCCCGGCAAGCGGAGGAGGUCCGUUGGCGUUCACUCCCAAGGGGCCGGAGGCGGGGCCCGCAGCUCAAACGCCAAAAGAAUGACGCAGCAUUCCCGUCUCACCCGGGACAAGAAGAUUGCCAAAUCGCUCGCCAUCAUUGUGUGUACCUUUGGGGUCUGCUGGGCGCCAUACACGCUUCUGAUGAUCAUUCGGGCAGCCUGCAGGGGGCGCUGUGUAGAUUACCACUGGUACGAAAUCACCUUCUGGCUCUUGUGGCUGAAUUCAGCCAUCAACCCAUUCCUGUAUCCCCUCUGCCACAGCAGUUUCAAAAGAGCUUUCAUUAAAAUAUUGUGCCCCAAACGGCAGUCCAUACAACCUCAGAUUAUAACUGAGUCAUAA